CUAGUAGGCGAAGUACCGUACAAACACGCAACCAUAUACAUGUAAUACAAAAACCAUUUGCACUGCAAGAAACAGAUUGUUUUUUUUACUUCGUUGAGACCGCACUUUCUCAAAUCAAUUUCUUGGAUAAAUCAAAGACUAACGAAAAGAUAAAGUGAAAAAAAUCGCUUGAUUUAUUUUGUUAUCAAAUCUGGUGCAUAAAAUUUAAGUGUAUUUUCCCUCAACGAAGUGUGCUGUUUUCGUAAAACGACAAAUCGACAAAAAAAAAACAGCAAAAUCAACUAGUCAAUUUCAAUUUUAAACGAUUCAAACGAAUUUUAGUCUCAAACAUUGAAUAAGUUUCUAGAACAAUUUAAUUUUAAUUUAUUGGGAAAUUGUACACAUAAGCCGCCAAGAUGUCUGAACGUAAGGCAGUUAUUAAAAAUGCUGACAUGAGCGAAGAAAUGCAACAAGAUGCCGUAGAUUGUGCGACUCAAGCAUUAGAAAAAUACAAUAUCGAGAAGGAUAUUGCAGCCUACAUAAAGAAGGAGUUUGACAAAAAAUACAAUCCAACUUGGCACUGUAUCGUCGGCCGGAAUUUCGGAUCAUAUGUAACACAUGAGACGCGUCACUUCAUUUACUUUUAUUUGGGUCAAGUGGCUAUUCUGUUAUUCAAAAGCGGUUAAAGCAUCGAAUCAUACAUGGCAGCGUAGAGAUCAGCUUAAUGUAGAGAUUAACAACAACUAUACACCUUUGAACAACUACAACAAAAACCGCAACAAUAAAAAUGCGCAAUUGGUCUUUUCCUUUAUAGUUGGAAUAUAUUUUAUGCAUUUAAUCAUUUUUCUUCAGUGUAAAGAAAUUUUCCAUUUUCUUUUUCCAUUUCAAUGUGGCAAUUUCUGUAAAAGACAUACCAUUUAACAAAAUCCUUUGAUGUUAUUUCGUAAGGCUCAAAAAGAAAUACGAAAAUCGAUUAGCAUAAUUAAUUAUUUAACAUCUCUUUAUCGUAAUCAGCUGAUUAAGAAAAAAAAACUGCAAAUUAAUAACAAAAGUAUUAAAACCAAUCAAUUCAAAAACAACAAAAAGACCAAGCGAUUAAUAAAAAAAAACUUAAUUUAACUAAUUUUAAUUAAAAAAGAAAAUAAUAUCUGAACGAAAAAAUCCGUUUAACCUAAUACAAAAUGUUCGAAACAUUUUCUUUCUUGAUGAGGAAUAAACAAAAUUGAAAAAAACUAUGAAAUUUUGUAAAAAUCAAAUACAAUUACAUUUUAAAAACAAAUCCAGGGGAAUAUCCACACGUCUGUACCUUGCAUUCACGCUGCAAACAUCAGCUUGAACUAUUUCAUUCCCCUUCAAAGAUCUUUUAAAUUAAAGAGAGAGAAUAAAACUCAAGCCAUAAAACAUUUUUUCCAUUACUUGUUUGAACCAUUGUCUAUUGUAAAAUCAGCCGAUUUCGAUGUUGACUUAACAUUUUGUGCUUAAAAAACAAAAAAUCAUAUUUUCUAAGUUGAAAAACAAUUUGAUAUGGCAAUUUUCACAUGUGAUAAAAACUUGAUAAAUUGUCUGACUGGUGGUGACUAUCUAUCAUUUAAAAAAAAAGAAACUGUCUAUUUGAGAUAAAUGUAAUAUUGAUCAGCCUUUUAGAUGUCAUUUUAUCUAUAGCAUAAAACUAAUUCUCUCAUGUUUGUCGAUAUUUAAUGGAUCAUUACAAUGUAACUUUAUUGUGAACAAAAUAGCAAUUCAGCCAUCCAACCAUAAUGAAGAUUAAACAACAACAACUUUUACUUGAAAA